UAUAAAAUCGCUAUAUUGUGUCAAAAACUGAUACUUAUUUUUAAUUGUUUAAUAAAUUAUUUCAGGUAGUUUAAUAAUGUUUUCAAACGUAACUUUUAUAUUAAUUAAUUUUUUUACAUUAAGUGUUAUUACUUCGAGUAUUAAAUGUGCUCACCAAACUACUCCAGUUCAAAGAAGUAAUAAAAUUAUACCUGAGCAUACACCCAAGAAUCAAGAAAGUAAAAAACAUUUACUUGAACUAGCACCAAUGGAGAAUGAAAGAAAAAUAUCUAUGACUGAAUCUGCACUCUUAAAUAACGGAAAAAUACAACCGGGUUACAACAAUGUUGAUGAUCUUUGUGGAAAUUCACGACCUGCUACAGAAUAUCCUAAUGAAAACACAUUAGAGCCAACCUAUUCGAGUGAUCAUGUGACUGGACAUACAACAGAUUAUGCAUCGAGUUUCAAUACUAACGAAGGUAGAAACAUAAGCUAUAGUACUUCGGAUUAUAGGACGUCAAGUUAUAGUACGUCGUCUUUUGAUAAUUAUGAUGGGAUGAUUUAGAGUAAACAGUCAUUAAUAAUAAUAUUAUAGAUGAAUGACAAUAAAUUUAUUCAGCAUAUCGUCAUCAACAACUUAGUUUUUAAUCUUUUUACGUCUUCGCGUUGUGUCUUUUAAGUAAUGUAAUAAAAUUGCAAAUUAUACAUUUUUUUUCAAAAUUUUUAUUACAAUAUUGUAAAAAUUACACAUUUUAUUUUUCAAAAUAAAAUUUAUUGUGAAAUUAAAAGA